GUUAGCCAGAAGUUGUGGAAAUUGUCGUAAUAACGUCUGUUAUUUUCCCUUGAGUGAACUCACUUGACAGAGUCUGGAGUGAGGAGUUGGUUCAAAGUCACGUCGGCAGUUCAGAACCCAUUUCUUCUUCCGGGCAGGGUCUUUGGGGAACCUGAACAGCUGUUUGCCUAUACUGGUUGAAUUGGAACAGUUGGGAGCCGAGCAUCCACCCAUCGUUCUCGCACAAAAUCAGCAUCAACGUUCGACGACAAUGUUUAAACUGCUUUGCCUUUCAGUUUGGUUUAAACCAUUACUUUUAAGGUUAGUAUUUUAUAAUGGACUAAAAUUUUUAACUAACAAAUAAUAUACCGCUGCUAGGCAAAUUGUAGGUGUCGUGUUAAAAAAAUACAAAAUAUUCCGUUCCGAGUAAAAUUUUCUGACUUUGUUUGAGCCAAAAUGGCGGCCUCCACUUCGCUUGUGGGAUGCGGUGACGUCAUAUAUGCGUCCGCAUCAACUGCCUGACUCAAAAAGAUUGUAAAGGCGCACGUGGAUUUUCGAGUAAGCCACAAAACAAAUAGAAUACACCAUUAAGAUGUUUAAAUUACAUUUUUUCUAAAUAUAAAUACAUUGGGAAAUACUUUAACGUUAUUAAUGUUAUGUUGUUACGUUAUGUGUACAGGCAUAUCGUCGAAUGACUAGGUGUUGUCGCUACAGGACCCCGUCGAGCACUGGCACUCAUGGCUAGUUAUUAGACACUUCUUACCCACGUGAAUAGUAUUUUAAAAGAACACAUGCGAGCUCAUGGGACUGUUAUUUCGGUUAUUUCAUCUGAGCAAGUAAACAGUGCGCGUAUCCGAUAAACAUUAUAUAUAAAGUAUGACAUCCUCAUUGGUGGUGCCAGUCAUUGAUGUCCACAAUGACAACUUCGGGGAACUUUGGCCAGCUAUGGUGGUGGCUAUCAAAAUGUCUUCCUUCCUUGCUCUUGACACGGAACUGAGUGGUCUCGGGAACAGGACGUCAUUGCUUGCUGCGUGUAUAGAAGACAGAUAUAAAGCCAUAUGUCAUGCAGCCCGCUCUCGCUCCAUCCUCUCUCUGGGAAUCGCCUGCUACAAGAAACUCAGCGACAAGCCUACAGACACAUACCUGGCCCAGGUGUACAACAUCACCCUGCUUUGCUCGGAGGAGUACAUCAUCGAACCCCAGUCGGUCCAGUUCCUCGUGCAGCACGGCUUCGACUUUAACAAACAAUACGCCCAAGGCAUCCCGUAUCACAAGGGCAAUAAUAAGGGGGGGUCGGAUAACCAGGGUGUUCACAUCCGUGCUUUAUUUACGGAGCUCCUGCGUGCAAGGAAACCCUUGGUGCUCCACAACGGCCUGAUUGAUCUUGCUUUCCUGUACCAGAACUUCUAUGCCCAUCUUCCAGAUCGGUUGGCCACCUUCACGGCUGACCUGACUGGGAUGUUUCCCGCCGGCAUCUACGACACCAAAUACGUGACAGAGUUUGAGCUGCGCCUCAGCGCCUCAUACUUGGAGUACGCCUAUAAGAAAUGUAAACUGGACAACAGUCGCAGUGAGUCGUCUGCCGUAAGCGGCCGUCACAUCCAGCUAGAGUUCUGUCAGUAUACCGGUACCAUGUCCCGCUAUGUGGACCACAGAACCUGUCCUACUUUGGACCCUCAUCAGACGCAGGCGGACGUCUGCAUCUCCUUUUCUGCGUUUGGUUGGUGUCCCAAAGGCACCAAGUGUCCUUUGUCCCACGACACAGACCUGAUCAUCCUCCAAGACGACCAAUCCAAGCAGGACAAGAGGAAAAAGCGGAAGAGGAAGAAAAAGAAAGAAGGCGGCGACUCUGUUUCGGAGGAUGUGCCGCAAGACAAAUUACCUCGCAUGGAAUUGGAUCCGGGAAAGGUUCUUGACGGCCACGGAGAGUGUGCGGACUCCAACAUGCCAUCGCUUGAUGAAGAAAACAUGACAAGAAAUGAAACGGCGUGCGAGGACAACGCACAGGCCCCAGCCAGCGACGAGAUGAAAACAAGCGAAGAUAAGAAGGUGGAGUCGGGUUCCCACCGAGCCGGCUUUGACGCCUUCAUGACGGGGUACAUCUUCGCCUACGCCUGCACCUUCUUCAAUCAGUCAGAGGAGGCGACUUGGCUGCCCGACUCCCUCAAUAAGAUCUACCUCAGCGGCAAGGCCACCCCGCUCAACAUAGUCAACAGCACCUUCUCCAAGUCCUCCAAAGCCCACGUGCAGAAGAUGGAAAUGGUGUGGGGAGGAAAGCAGUAGAUUACUGUCAAAGUGCAAAAUAUUGUUGUUUUUUGUAAAAACAUCUUUAAAUUGUUUUCUUUUUCUGAAAUAACCCGCUGGGAAACCGAGUUGUCAUGAUUUUUUUUUUGUAAGAGGAACAUGCAUUCAGCUGUCUUUUUAGUUUUAAAGUACUUUCACAAUACAACAUGAAUUUACCUUACUAGCUUACUAGCUGUGUAUUAGGGCCAUAUUGGAAAAUAAAAUACCUCUGAUUGUGA